UUCUGAAAUUAGUAAUGAAAUGAUUAUAUUAGAACUUGAUAAAAAAUAUUUUAAGAAGUUUCAAGAGUUUAAUGAUGAUAUAAAGCAAGUUGAGGAUAAUUAUAAUGAUAUUGAUGAAUAUGAAAUACAAGAAAUUAAUAAUGCAAAUAAAAUACAAAAAGUUAAUAGUUAUUUUAAAGAAGUAUAA